CAUUGGGCCAUGGGGGAAACAUGUGGGACAUUCGGAGGGUGACCCCCAAGAAGAAGAAACAAGGAGGUGGUUAACAUAAUAAAACAGCCAAUAGGGUAUUUCACAGCGCGUGGCAUCAAUUUCCUCGUCGGGCAGUUGCUUUAAAAACCACCUCAGCAGUCGGCUGCAGCAGCGACGACUCGAGCCACCGGAGACCCACGCAGCAAAGAGUCGCCUCUCGCUCGUCAUCCUUUCCCCCCCUAAAGCCUCUUCUUCUCUUCUCUUCCUCCGCACGGUGAGUACUCUCGACUUGGGCAGACGGACACGCCUGAACGGACAUUAACGAAGACACGACGAGUGCUCAUGCAAAUUAACCCCUUCAGCCAAGAUGACAGAGACCGUAACCAGGACCCAUCGCGAUGGCAAGCAACAGAUCGCAGACAGCUCGACGGUGGAGGACGUUUUUGACGACACCUACAAAGAGAAAGAUGGACCCAAGCCGCCGACUGCUCUGGUGUGGAGAAACAUCGUGUUGAUGUCCGUCCUUCAUGCCGCCGCUCUUUACGGGCUGGUUCUCCUUCCAUCUGCGUCAGUUCCAACUCUUGCGUGGACUGCAGUGUGCUACAUCAUCAGCGCCCUCGGUGUGACUGCAGGUGCCCACAGAUUAUGGAGCCACAGAUCCUACAAGGCCGCGUUCCCUCUGCGAGUCUUCCUCGCUCUCGCCAACUCCAUGGCCUUUCAGAAUGACAUCUAUGAGUGGGCGAGGGACCACCGUGUCCACCACAAGUACUCUGAGACUGAUGCAGACCCCCACAAUGCCACGCGGGGCUUCUUCUUCGCCCACGUCGGUUGGCUGAUGGUUCGCAAACAUCCGGACGUCAUUGAAAAGGGCAAAAAACUGGAGCUGUCGGACUUGAAGGCCGACAAAGUGGUUAUGUUCCAGAGAAAGCACUACAAGGUCUCCGUGGUGAUCCUUUGCUUCCUCCUGCCCACGUUUGUGCCCUGGUACUUUUGGGGGGAGUCCUUGACUGUGGGAUACUUUGUCCCUGGACUGCUAAGAUACGCUGUGAUGCUCAACGCCACCUGGCUGGUCAACAGCGCUGCGCACCUCUGGGGCAACCGGCCUUAUGACAAGACCAUUAACCCGAGGGAAAACCGACUGGUUGCUUUGAGUGCCAUAGGGGAAGGCUUCCACAACUACCACCACACAUUCCCCUUCGACUACGCCACCAGUGAGUUUGGCUGCAAGCUGAACAUCACCACCGCCUUCAUAGACACCAUGUGCUUCUUCGGACUGGCCAAGGACACCAAAAAGGUGUCGAAGGAAAUCAUCGCGGCGCGCAUCCAGCGAACGGGCGACAGCAGCAACAAAAGUGGCUGAGUCAUACCAGCUCUUUAACUGAUACCUAACGUGUCGAACCAAGACCGAACGUAGCAGCAGGUAUAGCAGCAUUUCAGUGGUGAUUACAAUGCUUCUAAAUAUAAGAUCAACCUUCCUCCCAGAGACUAAUAUUGGCUUUUGAGAGUUGUAGACUUUCCCUAAAUGUGUGGGUCUCAUAAGUUUUUGAAGUGUCCUCACCAACUAUUCGUCACAGCCAGUGACCUGGCUUCAUGUGCAAGCACAGCUUUUCACCAUAAUAUAUAUAGAUAUAUAAAAAAAGAAACCGCACAAAGAGAAUGGGGAGGGGGGGGAAUGCUAAUUGUGAUUAAAUGCUCUACUGGCAGCAGUAGAACAAACUAGAAUAAGUCUGAGCAGUGAGUACAGAAUAAUUGACUGCGUAUGUCUUGAUUGUUAAUGUGCUAUUUAUUAAUCUUUGGCACUUUGAAAGCUUUAUUGAAACUCCUAACAACAUUGAGGUUUCUCUACAGGUGAUACUGAGGGCCUUUUUGCUCUAACGUCUGUCCGUACUGCUAUGUAUCAUUCCACAAGUGAGUGCAGUGUCAUUUAUUUUUGUCUCUUAUAAGCUACGGUCUACUCUAUUUUUGGUAAGAUGGUAGUCUUACGAAAUCAUAAGCUGCUGUGGUCAAGGCCAAGACCGUCAACGCUCAAUUGAACUGCCCUUUAUUUAUCAUACCUGAGUAAAUCCGGGUGAAUACAGUACAAAUGUGUUACACUUGAAUUUUUUUCACACCCACUGUCUUUAACUGUACAAGAGUGGUUCUCAAUGAGGAUAAAACUCUGGUGUAAUGCAUUGUAUACCUCCCGUUGAGUAGGGAAGCCGACUCUGAAUCAGACUGAAACCUAGAACCGGACUUCUCACUUAAACUGAAGAGAUAUAUAUUUGCAUUUAUUUUGUAUUAAUUUGAAAUACACUGAGACGCGGUCUCUUAGACAUGGCUCAUGAAGGAAUUGCCUUUUUGUGCUGUAUGAUAUAUAUUGACACUUGUGUCAGGACUCUUGCCCGAUUGCCUUAUUUGGGUCGCACACCUGAGAAAAAUAAAUCUAAGUGCAAGUUAUGAAAAUAAAUUAGUGUUCAGCCCAGUUCUUUUUGUCUGUCUCUUUUAUAAGGAACACUUUAAAAUAUUUAUAAUGAAAGAGGGACUAUUCAUCAAAUCUUAAAACAAAAAAAAGCGUAACUGAUUUAACGUAUGCAGAACCAAACAAGAUCCAAAACUUGUUAUCUCGAUGAUAAUGCUGUGAUAUUUGUCACACAUACUCUUUUACAGAGCAACACUUUGUUUUACAGUGUUAACUUCUUGAAGUUUGAUUGCCUUAAAAAAUGGCACCCUUUUUUUGAAAGUAUAUUUUUGCCCACUGUAUGUACCGUAAAUAAACCAAAUUUUCUACUUGUGACAAAUGUGUUUGCUGUUUCUGUUGAUUCUGUAAUGUUCCGGAUUCGUAUACUGAAUAAAAAUAUGACCAUA